UCCAGGGAGAGGUCUGCUGUUUCUUGAACGUUUGCCGGGAAAGAACAUGGGAUGCCGGCAGCUUAUAAAAAGGACAAUGGAUCCCACUAGUUCUUCACUUUUCACUUUCACUUCAAGUGGAUCUUACUGUCUCUUGACUCCUCACCUCCCAAUCUUCUCACCUCUCGCUACUUAUAUUCACGAUGGCCUUCGCACCAAAAGCCUGCAGUCUUUUCCUGGUGGUUUUGCUGGGAGUUUGUAUACAGCUCUACAGAGCUCAAUACGUUCCAGGUGCCAGGUGCAAAUGCCCAGGAACCAUCAUGAACACUCCGGAAACUAUUGUUGACUUUGAAAUCAUUGAAAAGACACAUUACUGCGACACUACUGAAAUCAUUGUUACACUGGCGGAAGAUGGAGCCAGACGGUGCCUGAACCCUGUUGGAAGAAAGGCCAUGCUUUUCGUCAACUGCUGGAACAAAAUAAACAAGGACAACAAGCAAAAGCUGAGGUGUCUGAAGAGAAAAGCAGAGUGAACAUAAUGGAGGAGGGAAGAAGGGCCAUGGAAAACUCACCGGCUGGAUUUUCCCAGAAGUCAUGUGACCAAACUCACACAAGAAGAAUGUUUGGGACUGACACUGCACUUUAGAGAGAGAGAGAGAGAGAGAGAGAGAGAGAGAGAGAGAGAGAGAGAGAGAGAGAGAGAGAGAGAGAGAGAGAGAGAGAGAGAGAGAGCGAAGAGGAGCUUUCUAUUUCAUGAGUUUCCUUUUUGAUUUUGUGUCCAUACUGUUACAGUACUACAAGAAUACAACAUUAAUUGUGAGACAUUUACAGAUAUCAUAUGUAAAACUCUUUAUUUAUUUUUCAAUUUAUUAUUUAAAUAAGUGUAUAUUUAAUGAACAGAUAAAUAUGAUUUUGA